CUGCAUUGUAAGACGCUAAAUGUUUUAUCAAGUUAUACUGGAAAAUUUCCCGCUCCAGGUGAGACGAUUGUUGGCGAAAAAUUUUUAACUGGAUACGGUGGAAAGGGUGCUAACCAGUGUUUUGCUGCUCAAAUCCUCGGUGCCAGAACUUCAAUUAUAUCGCGAGUAGGCGAUGACUAUUUCGGGAAGGACUAUGUAAACUAUCUGAAGAAGGUUGGGGUGGAAACAGAAACCAUAAAAGUGAGUAACACUGCUCACAGUGGUGUUGCUGUCAUUACUGUGGAAAGGAAUCAUGGUGACAACAACAUUGUGAUUAUUCCUGGCGCCAACUUGGAAAUCUCGAUUGGUGAUGUCAAGGAGGCAAAAAGAAAGGGGCUCCUCGGGGAAAAAGUCAUGGCAUGUCAGUUUGAGGCCAACCCAGAAGCAACACUUUAUGCAAUGGAGCAAGCAAAGGCACUUGGUCUGAUUACUAUCCUAGACCCCUCUCCUGCCCCAAUACCUGGCUCGCCAUUUCUUCCCCUCUUGAGGCGUUUUCUGGUAGCGUCAACAAUUGUGUGUCCGAACGAAACGGAGGCAGCUGUUCUCACUGGCAUUCCCGCACCUGACUUCGAAGGAAAGUGCCCACUCGAGAUUGCCGAAACUGCCCUGCCCUGGCUUCUUCACAUUCUCAAAGCUGGUGUUUUGUACCCUCUCAUCACUCUCGGAGCAAAGGGUGUUGUUGGUCUUCUUCCGAAAUCCGAAGGCGAAUCUACUCGGGCCACUGAUGUUACGCUAUUUCAAUCUGAUAUGGUAGGGAGCAGUAAAGCCAUUUUUCAUAUUCGCUGCCCAUCGCACACAGGAAUUGUUGAUACCACUGGUGCCGGGGAUUGCUUUGCUGGUUCUCUCGCCUUUUACAUGGCGCGGUACCCAGGCCUAACAAUUGUUGAGAAGCUUCGUCGUUCAGUUUGGAUUGCAAGCCGAUCUGUCUUAAAACAUGGCACACAGAUUAGUUUCUGCGGUCGUCACGAACUCCCCCAAGAAUUGUUCGAUGAUGCUGAAUUCACUUGGCCCAAGUAA